GGCGGGGCCCGGGGCAGCAGGGGCGGCCAGGAGGCGCCUCCGGGGCAGGAAGGUGACAUGGAAGGAGAAGCAGUUGAAGCUAUUGGUGAGGAGUCUGAAACAUUCAUUAAAAGCAAAGAAAGGAAGACCUAUCAAAGGCGCCGGGAGGGUGGGCAGGAAGAGGAUGCUUGCCCAAUGCCGCCCAACCAGGCAGAUGGGACUGAAGUGGUGCAGGAUGUCACUGCUGGCGUCCAGAUGGUAAUGAUGGAGCAGCUAGAUCCAACGCUGCUUCAGAUGAAAACUGAAGUCAUGGAGGGCACUGUGCAUCAGGACGCCGAGGCGACUGUGGAUGACACCCAAAUAAUAACUCUUCAGGUUGUCAACAUGGAAGAGCAGCCUAUAAAUCUUGGAGAGCUACAGCUUGUCCAGGUGCCUGUCCCAGUCUCUGUACCUGUUGCUACCACUUCUGUGGAAGAACUUCAGGGGGCAUACGAGAAUGAGGUCUCCAAAGGAGGCCUGCAGGAGGGGGAGCCCAUGAUCUGCCACACCCUCCCGUUGCCAGAAGGCUUCCAAGUGGUAAAAGUUGGUGCAAAUGGUGAGGUGGAGACACUGGAACAAGGUGAACUUCAGCCACAGGAAGACCCUAACUGGCAAAAGGACCCGGACUAUCAGCCCCCAGCCAAAAAGACAAAGAAAACCAAAAAGAGCAAACUCCGUUACACUGAGGAGGGAAAAGACGUGGACGUCUCUGUAUAUGAUUUUGAAGAGGAGCAGCAAGAGGGCCUGCUCUCAGAGGUCAAUGCAGAGAAGGUGGUGGGCAACAUGAAGCCCCCUAAGCCAACAAAAAUUAAAAAGAAAGGAGUGAAGAAGACAUUCCAGUGUGAACUGUGCAGUUAUACCUGUCCACGCCGUUCUAAUCUGGAUCGCCACAUGAAAAGCCACACCGAUGAGAGGCCGCAUAAAUGCCACCUCUGUGGUAGAGCCCUACGGACGGUCACACUGCUGAGAAACCAUCUCAACACUCACACAGGUACUCGUCCUCACAAGUGCCCCGACUGCGACAUGGCCUUUGUGACGAGUGGAGAGUUGGUUCGGCACCGCCGCUACAAACACACCCACGAGAAGCCAUUCAAGUGUUCCAUGUGCGACUACGCCAGUGUGGAGGUCAGCAAGUUGAAACGUCACAUUCGCUCUCACACCGGAGAGCGUCCAUUCCAGUGCAGCUUGUGCAGCUAUGCCAGCAGGGACACUUACAAACUGAAGAGGCACAUGAGAACUCAUUCUGGUGAGAAGCCCUACGAGUGUUACAUUUGCCAUGCUCGCUUCACCCAGAGCGGAACGAUGAAGAUGCACAUCCUACAGAAGCACACAGAGAAUGUGGCCAAGUUUCACUGCCCUCACUGUGACACAGUCAUUGCACGGAAGAGUGACCUGGGCGUCCACUUGCGGAAACAGCAUUCCUAUAUUGAGCAGGGCAAGAAGUGUCGUUACUGCGAUGCUGUGUUCCAUGAGCGAUACGCCCUCAUCCAGCACCAGAAGUCCCACAAGAACGAGAAGCGCUUCAAGUGUGACCAGUGUGAUUACGCGUGUCGACAGGAACGGCACAUGAUCAUGCAUAAGCGAACCCACACUGGAGAAAAGCCUUACGCCUGUAGCCAUUGUGAUAAAACCUUCCGUCAGAAGCAGCUGCUUGACAUGCAUUUCAAGCGCUACCAUGACCCGAACUUCGUCCCAGCUGCCUUUGUCUGCUCCAAGUGUGGCAAAACAUUCACACGCCGUAACACCAUGGCCCGACAUGCAGAUAAUUGCACAGGGCCCGAUGGGGUAGAAGGAGAGAAUGGAGGUGAGCCCAAGAAGGGGAAGCGUGGGCGAAAGAGAAAGAUGCGCUCCAAGAAAGAGGACUCCUCCGAUAGUGAGGAAAAUGCAGAGCCAGAGUUGGACGAUAAUGAAGAGGAGGAAGAGACGGCAGUUGAAAUAGUGGCUGAGCCAGAAGUAGAACCUGUGGCCCCAGCACCCCCACCAGCAAAGAAACGAAGAGGAAGGCCGCCCGGCAAAGCCAACCAACCAAAACAGCCCCAGCCAACAGCAAUCAUUCAGGUGGAAGACCAGAACACUGGUGCAAUUGAAAACAUUAUAGUGGAAGUCAAGAAGGAGCCCGAAGCAGAGACUGUAGCAACUACAGCGGGAGCUCAGCCAGUGGUGGUGGAAGCGCCCAACGGAGACCUCACCCCAGAGAUGAUUCUCAGCAUGAUGGACCGGUGAUGGAGGACGGGUUGUGCUUGGACUGAACUGGCCUGGGCUCUUUUUGAAGCAGCUCAAUCCUCUUUUUUUUUUUGGCUGUUUUUUUGUUUAUUUUGUUUCUUUUCACCUUUUCUCUCCCCCCCUGGCUUUGGGAUAUGCAUCUUUUUAGACCAUUUUACCAAACAACCCGGGACACAAAACUUCAAAUGAUGUUAGAAAAAGUGAUUUAUUAUUAUUAUUAUUAUUUUGCCUAGAACUCUGUUUAAUGUUAGCAUAACAGGAUCAUGGAACAAGGGGGCGGGGUUUUUUCAGUCCCCACGGGUCUCCGACGGUUGCUCGAUCCGGUUAGAUCCGAACUGCAUCGUGGCGGGGGGGGGCACGGACAGCCCUCGUGCCCAGAGAUGGGAAAGACGGAAGCAGCGAGUCCUCGAACCCACGCAAACUGCUCUGGAUCUGCACGUGCGUUCCUCGAUGCCCUCUGGCCUCGUCUUUUGCGCUCUAGAGGUUUUUAACUGUAACUGCAGACUAGGGAGGGUUGUGAAACUUUUUAUUGCGUUUUGGUUUUGCUUCCCCAGCCCUCUCCUACCGACCCUCCACUGACUGGUUCUGCCUCAGCACCAUAGAUUCGGCAUGCUCCACCUCUCGUCUCUCCUCUCCGAUGCUUUGCUGUCUGCAGGGCAUCACUGUAAUGAUUAAGCGUGUGUAAAUAACUUUUUUACAUUUUAAUCUUUUUUCCAUUUAAUUAAGAGGGGUUUUGGGAGGGAGGGGGAAAGGCAAUCUAAACCAACCAGAAACCCUUUCGUUUUAAACAAUUGUGAAUGGAAUUAUGCAGGAAGGAAUCAGUAACAGGUUGACUAUUGGACCCUAUCAAGUUUAACAGAAGAUCACGACCCAGGCUUCGUUUUGUAAGAUGGUGGAAAUCCAGACCCCCCCCCAACUCGGUUUCUGAGCACAUGGACUUAGAAGUGAAACUUGUCACUUAAAAACUACCUUUUUGAGUUUCAGAUUUUCACAGAUCCCGUUUCCUUUCCUCCGUUUUGUGUUUAUAAAUUCUGUGUCAAAAGCUGAGGUGGUGGUGGUUUGUAACAGGGCCUCCCAGCCCCUGAAACCUAGGCCAGAGAAUUCUACUAGGUCAGUAAAGAUAAAAUUUGGGGGUCUUUAAUUAUAAGAGAGAGAGGAGGGGCGGGGAAGAAUAAUGUGAAAUACAAAUGAUGCCUGUAUAUGAACCGUCACAUGUUAAAAAAGUAUGUAAGCUUUUUAUAGAGCCUCAGUCUUGCUGAUUUCAAAAAGAAUUUUCUUCUAUGUAUUGCUUUUAAAAGAGCUAUCAGGUUAGCUAUCCGACUCUAGGUUGAUGCAUUUUUGUACUUAGCUGUACUGUGUGAUAUUUUUCAUUAUUUUAGGAAACCAACAUGAGAUAAAAAAAAUGUUAUAAAAUACAUAAUGGGGUUUGGA